AAACACCAAGGCAGACAUAGGCUGCCAAAACGCAGAAAAACAAAAAUGAUUGUCUGUACUUUUAAUGCUCGUACGCUGGCAUCUGCUGCAUCCAUUGAAGAUCUUAUGGUACAAGUGCGAAAGAUCAAGUACGACAUCAUUGGUCUGACCAAAAUGAGAAGACAUCAAUCCCAUCAUGCUGUUUUCGACACUGGAGAAGAACUGUUCCUUGGAACAUGUGAUAAAAGAUGCAUCGGUGGUGUCGGUAUCCUUGUCAACACAAACUUAGUCAUGAGCAUUGAUUCAUUCGAAUGCCUAACAACCCGAAUCGGACGAUUACACUUGAAUAAAUGUGGCUCACUACCGGCAAUUUCUAUCUUUAUUGUCUAUGCACCAACAUCCAGGUAUGGUGAAAGAAAAAUGGAGAAAUUCUACAUGGAGCUGGAGAAGUUCUAUAAAGAAGAUCACACCUUCUACAAGAUCAUUGUCGGUGAUUUUAAUGCCAAGAUAGGACCAAGAAGAUCAGUCGAUGAACUCCACAUUGGAACCCAUGGCCUGGAAUGGAACAAACAGGGUGACAGAUUGUCUGAGUUCAUCAUGUCAACCAAAACCUUCCAUGGUAACUCACAAUUCCAAAAGGCUGAAUCUAAACGUUGGACAUGGGAUUCUCCCGAUGGACGGUUCCACAAUGAAAUAGACCACAUCAUAUUCAAUCGGCAGUUUUGCCUAACCGAUGUUGCUGUUGUCCCAAAAUUCCAAACGGGAUCAGACCACCGUCUUCUUCGUGCAAAAUUCUACCUCACAGAACGAGGAGAAAAGAAUGCAAGGUUUAAGAAGAGGACUCCCAGAACAACCACCAACUGGGAGCUCUUUGGCUCUAUUGCGGCAACAUGGGAAGAUGCCGUCAUUGACAACAUUGAUGAGGAAUACAAUCGAAUGAUUCAGCACCUCCAUGAUUGUGCAAGGAAUGCCAAGAGAGAGAUAACCACAAAAAACCGUCUUUCUUUGAACACUCUUGAACUUAUUCGCCAAUGUGGCUUGGCACAUGUCAGGCAACCACAAGCGAACAUCCGAACUGGCAAAACAGUGCAGAGAAGCCAUCAAGGAUGAUCUCAAAAACUGGAGAGCAGUAAUGGUCGAUGCAGCAGAAGCUGGGAAAAACAUUCGAAUGCCCGCCUGUCCUUCACCAACUACAAAACCAAGAUGACUGCCCUCCGACAUCAUGAUGGAUCUAUCACAUCUGCCAUCUGUAUACAGCGUGGUUGUUGCUGGAAUCCUGUAGGGGACAUGAAAAUUCCGGGGUGCUACUAUUCUAAGAAUCAUGGCUAUCAAAUGGAGGGUCCUGUGAAAGAAACAAAUACAGGUUUCACUGCACGAUUGCGAAGUUUACCAGUUCCAUCCGCGUAUGGAAACAGCGUCAGCAACGUUCUCCUCACAGCAGAAAAACAGACCUCUCGCCGCUUCCACUUCAAGUUGACAGAUGCAGACAAGAAAAGAUUUGAAGUGCCUCAUGAAAAUGUGAAACCCUUCCAAGGAAAUGCUGCUCCUAACUUGCUCUAUGACGUGAAGGUCUCCCAGGAACCUUUUAGUAUCCAAGUGAUCAGAAAGAGCAAUGGGCGUGUUCUGUUGGACACCAGCAUCGGGCCACUCGUAUUUUCUGACCAGUUCCUGCAGAUCUCUAUGCAACUUCCAAGUGCCAAUGUGUAUGGCCUGGGAGAACACGUGCAUCAGCAGUACAGGCAUGAUAUGAACUGGACGACCUGGACUCUGUUCUCCAGAGAUACAGUUCCCAAUCAGGAUAAAACUAACCUGUAUGGUGUACAGACAUUCUUCUUGUGCCUAGAAGAUGCAAGUGGAUCCUCCUUUGGAGUGUUCCUGAUGAACAGCAACGCCAUGGAGGUUACUCUCCAGCCUGCCCCAGCCAUCACUUACCACACCAUCGGGGGCAUUUUUGACUUCUAUGUGUUCCUGGGGGACACUCCAGAGCAAGUUGUUCAAGAGUAUCUAGAGCUCAUUGGACGGCCAGUCCUUCCCCCCUACUGGUCACUUGGAUUUCAUCUCAGCCGUUAUGGUUAUGAAUCCCUAGAAAAGAUGAAAGCAGUCGUGGAGAGAAACCGGGAUGCCCAGAUUCCUUAUGAUGUGCAGCAUGCUGAUAUCGACUAUAUGGAUCAAAGAAGGGACUUCACUUACAAUCCAGUACAAUAUAAGGACUUCCCUGAGUUUGCUAAGGAGUUGCACAAAAAUGAUCAGAAAUUGGUCAUCAUUGUGGAUCCAGCCAUCUCUAAUAACUAUUCUAAAACUAAUCCCUAUGGACCAUAUGAGAGGGGCUCAGAAAUGAGUGUGUGGGUACAAGCUCCUGAUGGAACUCCAAUCAUUGGAGAGGUCUGGCCUGGAAAAACUGUGUUUCCUGAUUAUACCAACCCUCAGUGUGCUGCUUGGUGGACAGGUGAAUUUGAGCAUUUCCAUAAAGAAGUGGAGUUUGAUGGAAUCUGGAUUGAUAUGAAUGAAGUUGCCAACUUUGUGCGUGGUUCAGUUACGGGAUGUUCCAAAAGCUCUCUAAAUUAUCCCCCAUUCACUCCCAAAAUCCCGGAUGAUUUCUUGUUCAGCAAUACUCUCUGCUUAGAUGCGGUGCAGCACUGGGGCAAGCAGUAUGAUGUCCACAGCCUGUAUGGCUACUCCAUGGCAAUUGCCACAGCAGAAGCUGCCAAGAAAGUAUUCCCUGGAAAGAGGAGCUUUAUACUCACCCGCUCUACCUUUGCGGGAUCUGGCAAGUUUGCAGGCCAUUGGCUAGGAGACAAUGCAGCUACCUGGGAUGACCUCCGCUGGUCCAUUACUGGCAUGCUCGAGUUCAACCUUUUUGGUAUUCCAAUGGUAGGGGCUGACAUUUGUGGCUUCUUAAUGGACACCACUAAGGACCUCUGCACGCGCUGGAUGCAGCUGGGAGCCUUUUAUCCAUUCUCCAGAAAUCACAACGGCCAAGGUUUCAUGGAUCAGGACCCUGCCUUCUUUGGAGCAGAUUCUCUAGUGGUGACUUCCUCCAAGAAAUACCUGAACAUUCGCUACACCUUACUGCCCUACCUCUACACCCUCUUCUAUCAUGCCCACACCAGGGGAGACACUGUGGCGAGGCCUCUUAUGCAUGAGUUCUACACUGACAGCAACACGUGGGAUGUGCACGAACAGUUCUUAUGGGGUCCUGGCCUUCUCAUCACACCUGUGCUGCAGAAGGAUGCAAUCCACGUGGAGGCAUAUGUACCCGAUGCUGUCUGGUAUGAUUAUGAGACUGGGGCUAAACUGAAUGGGAGGAAGGAAAGAAGGACCAUGGUGCUUUUUGAAGACAAAAUUGGACUGCACCUCCGAGGAGGCUACAUCUUCCCCACCCAACAGCCAGCGACAACCACAGUGGCCAGCCGAAAGAACCCUCUUGGUCUCAUCAUUGCCCUGGAUGAGAAAAGACAAGCGAAAGGUGAACUCUUCUGGGAUGAUGGAGAAUCGACAGGUACGUUGGCCCAAGACAAACAUAUCUUCUAUGAGUUUUCUGUCAUCAACAACCGCUUGGAUAUGAAGCCUUUGCCUUCAACCUACAAAGAUCCUAAUAAUUUAGAAUUUCAAGAUAUUAAAAUACUCGGGAUCCCAAGUAUUAGUAAAGUAACAGUGAAACACAAUGGUGCUCCAACUCAAAUGUCUCCUGAAGUCACUUAUGAUGAACUACAGGUAAAAAUCCCCAAAAUCACAAAACUUAAUCUUACCCUGGGAGAAAUGUAUACCGUGGAGUGGGAACUAACAAGGAAUGAAGAUAAAAUAGACUGUUACCCUGACCAGGAUGGUGCCACCAAGGAGAAAUGCAUUGCACGUGGUUGUAUCUGGGAGGAAACCAAUGCUGAGCGAGUCCCUUACUGUUAUUUUAAGGACAGUCUAUACAAUGUCCACAAUAUUCAGAAACUACAAAAUGGGAUUACAGCUUCCCUCACCCUAAAGCCCCAGGCUCCUGCUAGCGCUUUCCCCUCAACACCUGUGACACAGCUCAGUCUGAGUGUCACCUACCAUAAGAAUGAGAUGCUGCAGUUCAAGAUUUAUGAUCCCAACAACAAACGCUAUGAAGUCCCAGUUCCUCUCAACUUACCCAAUACUCCAUCCAGCACCCCUGAAGGUAGACUUUAUGAAGUCGAAAUUGCAGACGAUCCAUUUGGGAUUUUAAUUAUUCGGAAGAGCACAGGCACCACCAUAUGGGACUCCCGCGUCCUUGGCUUCACUUUCAAUGACAUGUUCAUUCGUAUCUCCACGCGCCUCCCCUCCACCUAUCUCUAUGGCUUUGGGGAGAAUGAGCACACAUCUUUCCGAAGAGACUUGAACUGGCGCACCUGGGGGAUGUUUUCCCGAGACGAACCCCCUGGGUACCUGAAGAAUUCUUAUGGUGUCCAACCCUACUACAUGGCCAUGGAGGAGGAGGGCAAUGCCCACGGGGUGCUCCUGCUAAACAGCAAUGCCAUGGAUGUGACAUUCCAGCCCAUGCCUGCCCUAACAUAUCGCACCAUUGGGGGAAUUCUGGACUUUUAUGUGGUCUUGGGACCCACUCCAGAACUUGUAACUCAGCAAUACACUGAGCUAAUUGGUCGGCCAGUGAUGGUUCCUUACUGGUCCUUGGGGUUUCAGCUGUGCCGUUAUGGAUACCAGAAUGAUUCGGAGAUUGCCGAUUUGUAUGAUAAAAUGGUGGCUGCUAAGAUUCCCUAUGAUGUGCAAUACUCUGACAUUGACUACAUGGAGCGACAGCUGGAUUUCACUCUCAGCCCCAAGUUUAAGGGCUUCCCAGAGCUGAUCAAUCGCAUGAAGGACGACGGGAUGCGAAUCAUCCUCAUUCUGGAUCCAGCUAUUUCUGGCAAUGAAACUCAGCCCUAUCCUGCAUUUGAGCUGGGGAAAAAGGAUGAUGUUUUCAUCAAGGAUCCAAGUGAUAGAAGCAUUGACUGGGGAAAGGUCUAGCCUGAUUUACCCAGUGUUGUUAUAAACAGUUCUCUAGACUGGGAAACUCAAGUCGAACUGUACCGAGCUCAUGCAGCUUUCCCAGACUUUUUCCGAACUUCAACUAUAACCUGGUGGAAGAAUGAGUUGAAAGAAUUACACAACAAUACGCGGGAAUCCGAAAAGAGCCUGAAGUAUGAUGGCAUAUGGAUUGAUAUGAAUGAACCCUCCAGCUUUGUGAAUGGGGCAGUUGAAGGCUGCAAAGAUCCCACUCUGAACAGACCUCCCUAUAUGCCACAUCUGGAAACCAGAGACAGAGGUCUAAGCAGCAAGACCCUGUGCAUGGAGAGUGAGCAUAUCCUGGAAGAUGGCACCAAAGUGCAACACUACAAUGUGCAUAACCUGUAUGGGUGGUCCCAGACCAGACCUACCUACGAAGGUGUGCAGGAGGCGACUGGAGAGCGAGGGAUUGUCAUUACCCGCUCCACGUACCCGUCUUCUGGUCGCUGGGCAGGACACUCGCUGGGAGACAACACUUCUGGGUGGGACCAGUUGAAGAAAUCUAUCAUUGGCAUGAUGGAGUUUAGCCUCUUCGGCAUAUCCUAUACAGGAGCAGAUAUUUGUGGGUUCUUUCAAGAUGCUGAAUAUGAGAUGUGUGCUCGCUGGAUGCAGCUGGGGGCAUUUUAUCCCUUGUCGAGGAACCAUAACACCUUUGGGACCAGGAGGCAAGAUCCUGUAUCUUGGGAUAAAAACUUUGAGGAUAUCUCUAGAAGUGUCCUGAAUAUCAGAUACACCUUGUUGCCAUAUCUCUAUACCCUGAUGCACUUGGCCAACACAGAGGGCAGUACUGUCGUGCGGCCUCUAUUCCAUGAGUUUGUGUCGGACAGAAAAACUUGGGACAUAGACAGGCAGUUCCUGCUGGGCCCAGCUUUCCUAGUCAGCCCUGUCCUGGAACCUAAUGCUACAACUGUCAAUGCAUAUUUUCCUGAUGCCCGCUGGUAUGAUUACCACACGGGUGUGGACAUUGGAGCAAAGGGAGUAAUGAUGAACUUGUCAGCCCCUCUCAACCACAUUAAUCUCCAUGUCCGUGGAGGCUACAUUCUGCCCUGGCAAGUGCCUGCACAAAACACACACUUCAGUCGGCACAGACCUUUGGGACUCAUUAUUGCCUUGGACCAUAAGAGGGAAGCCAAGGGGGAGCUGUACUGGGAUGAUGGCGAAUCUAAAGAUGCUGUAACUAACAAGCUUUAUAUUCUGUAUGAGUUUUCUGUCACUUCCAACCAUCUACAAGCAACGAUAAUAAAUAAUAAUUAUUCAAGUGUUAUCCUUAAUUUUACAUACUUUAAAUUCUUGGGAAUGGACAAGAAACCUUCUAAUUUUACCAUCUCCAGUAAUGGCAUGCAAAUUACCAACGGAAAUAUUACCUACAAUGCCUCAACAAAGGUGGGUAUGGUGUUGGAAAUUGAUGUUCAAAUAGGGCUGACUAUGGGAAACAAUUUCUCCAUCAAGUGGUCAUUUUCAGUUGAUAACCUGGAGAAGUUCAACUGCUUCCCUGAGGAGCCAAAUGUCUCUUCGGAUAAUUGCAUUAAUCGGGGGUGCCUUUGGGAGCACACAGGUGAGGCUGGUGUGCCUCUCUGCUACUAUGAUACCAUUCCUAAGUAUGCUGCCACUAACAUUCAGUACCUGCCCGAGGGCAUCACCACACAACUUACCUACCUGACGCCUCCUGAAUCAGCACCAGUGGUACCUCCAUCUCCACCACUAUCACAGGCUAUGCCACCUCCACUCACAACUGCAGCCUCUGGUCCUCUCUCUGAAGAGGUCCGAGUCCUCAAUGUGAAGGUGAUCUACCACACCCAAAGCAUCCUGCAGUUCAAGAUCUAUGAUCCCAACAAUAAAAGGUAUGAGGUUCCAGUGCCACUGAACACCCCUUCCUCUCCAGUGAACUGCUCUAAAGACUGCCUAUACGAGGUCAAGAUUCAGAACAAUCCUUUUGGUAUCCAGAUCCGACGAAAAGGCUCUGGCACUGUGAUUUGGGACUCUCAGCUACCUGGAUUCACCUUCAAUGACAAGUUCCUUUCCAUUUCCACUCGCCUGCCCUCUCAGUACAUCUAUGGCUUGGGGGAAAAUGAGCACACAUCUUUUAGUAAAAACAUGAACUGGACCACGUGGGGAAUGUUUGCUCGGGAUGAACCACCAGAGUACAGAACAAAUUCCUAUGGUGUGCACCCCUACUAUAUGGCUCUGGAGAUGGAUGGUAGUGCCCACGGAGUGCUCCUGCUUAACAGCAAUGCCAUGGAUGUUACCUUGCAGCCUACUCCUGCCCUGACGUUCAGAACCACUGGGGGAAUUUUGGACUUUUAUAUGGUUUUGGGACCAACUCCUGAGCUUGUCACUCAACAAUACACGGAGUUGAUUGGUCGUCCUGCAAUGGUACCUUACUGGGCCCUGGGAUUUCAGCUGGGUCGCCGUGGUUACCAGAAUGAUGCGGAAAUCUACAAUUUGUACAAGGAAAUGAUGGCAUCCAGGAUUCCCUAUGAUGUCCAGCAUGUAGACGUUGAUUACAUGGACCGGAAGCUGGGCUUUACCAUAAGUCCCAAAUUUCGAAACCUUGAACAUUUUAUUUGGCGCAUGAAGAGUGAUGGCAUGAGAUUUAUUAUCAUUCUGAACCCUGCUAUAUCUGGCAAUGAGACCCAGUAUCUCACAUUUACCAGAGGGAAGGAAAAUGAUGUAUUCAUCAAAUGGCCCGACAGCAGUGAUAUUGUCUGGGGAAAGGCUUUGCCUGAUCUGCCUAAUGUGAAUGGGAAUGAAUCCCUGGAUCAUGAAAGUCAGGUAAAGAUGUACAAAGCCCAUGUUGCUUUCCCUGACUUCUUCCGUAAUAGCACAGCUGCGUGGUGGAAGAAAGAAAUCCAGGAACUCUACACAAAUCCUCUAGAUCCAGAGAAGAGCUUGAAGUUUGAUGGGUUAUGGAUUGAUAUGAAUGAGCCAACAAACUUUGUGAAUGGUUCUAUCAGCAGCUGCAAGGAUGAAAUUCUCAACAAGCCACCCUAUAUGCCAUAUCUAGCAUCCAGGGACAGUGGUCUAAGCAUCAAGACCCUCUGUAUGGAGAGUCAGCAGACCCUGCCAGAUGGUUCCCUGGUACAACACUACAAUGUGCACAGCCUCUACGGGUGGUCCCAGGCCAGACCCACGUUCGAAGCUGUGCAGGAGGUGACAGGACAGCGAGGGGUUGUCAUCACCCGCUCCACAUUCCCCUCUUCAGGCCGCUGGGGAGGUUAUUGGCUAGGAGACAACAUGUCCAAGUGGGACCAGCUGAAGAAAUCUAUCAUUGGCAUGAUGGAGUUUAGUCUUUUUGGAAUACCUUAUACAGGAGCAAAUAUUUGUGGGUUCUUAGGAGAAGCUGAAUAUGAGAUGUGUAUUCGCUGGAUGCAACUGGGGGCCUUCUAUCCCUUUUCCAGAAACCACAACACCAUUGGGACAAGGAGACAAGAUCCUGUGGCUUGGGACACAGACUUUAUGACAAUGUCCAGAGAGGUCCUCCAGACAAGAUACAAACUGCUGCCUUAUUUGUACACGCUGAUGCACAAAGCUCAUGCGGAGGGUAGCACAGUCGUUCGGCCUCUUCUGCAUGAGUUUAUGAAUGACACCAUGACGUGGAAGAUAGACGAGCAGUUCAUGCUGGGCCCCGCCAUCUUAAUCAGUCCAGUGCUGCAAAGUAACACCUCUAAGAUCAAUGCUUAUUUUCCCAAAUCUCGCUGGCUUGACUAUUACACGGAAACUCUCAUUGAAUCUGUUGGUGAGAGGAAAGUCCUAGAGGCUCCCCUUAACCGUAUAAAUCUUCAUGUCAGAGCAGGCUACAUCGUGCCUUGGCAAGAACCUGGAAUGAACACUUACCUUAGCCGACAACAAGUCAUGGGGUUGAUUAUUGUUUUGAAUGAAAAUUUGGAAGCUGAAGGUGAGAUGUUCUGGGAUGAUGGACAAAGCAUUGAUGCUUAUGAAAAAGGAGACUAUUACUUGGCAAAGUUCCUAGCACAAAAUAAUACACUAAAAAUACAGACGACACACAAUAAUUAUUUGAGUGCCUCGAAUCCACUGAAAUUUGGACAUAUUACUAUCUGGGGUAUUGAGUCUACUUUAGUGACAAGGGUUAAGUUUACCUAUGACAACCAACAAUUUGUAGAGGAUGAUUUCCAAUGUGAUCCUAAUAAACAGAAACUAUCAAUUAAUUUGUCUAACAAUAUCAGCCUGGAAAAGUUAAAAGAAGUAAUAUGGAUUUAUGGUGACAGCCCUCCAGUGACUCCUACACCCAUCCCUCCCGUGAUUACUACUACACCCAGCUCUCUCAGCCCUCCAGUGACUACUUUUACCCCCAGCCCUCCAGUGACUACAACACCCAUCCCUCCAGUGAUUACUACUACACACAGCUCUCUCAGCCCUCCAGUGACUACUAUUACACCCAGCCCUCCAGUGACUACUACACCUAUCUCUCCAGUGAUUACUACUACACCCAGACCUUCAGGUACUAGUACUACACAAAUGACAAAUACCAUCUCAACAAGUCCUCUGUAUUCCUCUCCAUUCACUACUGAGGAUACUACAGUUGAAUGGUAUCCUGGUUCUACUACUGAAAUAAAACCUACAAGUACUGCUGGCACUAGAAGUCCUCCACCUGCCACAGCUAGUGUUUUCCCAACACAGACUACUGAAGCCACAACUAUUCCAACUGCUGCAACGACCACAACUACUAUUGAUACUACAGUUGAUUUAACCUCAACAACAAUUACUGAUAAAUCUAGUAUACCUAUUACUACCACAAGUACUAUUACAGCUACAACUCCUACAACUACUUCAAUUACUGAUACCAGUGCAGUUGCAACUAGUACCACUAUUUAUGCCACUACAGUUACUAAAAAUACAAGCACUUUCUCUCCAACAACAAUUACUUCUAGUACUAAUGCUACAUCUACUAUCAUGACCACCAUGACAGACCCAGCAAGUACGACAAAUCAUGACACUACUACAAGUACUCCUAAAGUUUCCAAUACAGACACUAUUGCUAGUCCUAAUCCCACUCUUCCCAUGACAACUAAUUAUUUUCCAACAAGUAAUACUGAAGAUACAACUAACACUAAUACUUCUGAAAUCACUACAACUACAAUUAAUAAUACCCUCUCUACAAGUCUGAGUACUGAUAGCAUUAGUCCUAUCACAAACAGCCAUUUCCCAGAAACCAGUAGUGAAGUUGCAACUAUCCUUGACCCUAAUGUGCCUUUCCCUACUUUAUUUAGAACUAGUAAUACUGCUGUUCCUAAUACCACUCCAGCUACUAAUACACCUAUGACUACAAAUACAAAUGCUGCCACUGUUGCUAAUCUUACUACAACGAUCAAUUCUUUCUCAACAAGUACAAUUGAUAUUAGCAUAUCUGAUGCCACUCCAACUGUAGAUGUUAAUACCAUUUCUACAGCUCUGAGUGAUAGCACUUUUCCUGUUACUAGCAACCUUUUGCCACCAAGCAGUACUGACUUUACAAAUAGUACUACUGUUUCUGAUACUUUCUCAACAAGUACUACUGAGAUUACUAUGGCAGUCACUAAUACCACUGCAAAUACUUCCUCUACAAGCACUACUGCUAGCAAUAAUUUUCCUGUAACAACCAGUUCUUUCCCAAAUUUUACUAAAGUUACAGCUACUACUAAGGUUUCAGAUACCACCACACAUAUAGUUAAUACCUUUGCCACAACUCUGAGUACUGAUAGCAGGAGUUCUAUUUCUAUCACAAACAGUACUUUCUCAGCAAAUAUUACUGGUUAUAACUAG